AAAAAAACCUCCACAUUUGAAACUUUUUCAGAUUUUUUUGUAAACAAGAACUUCGAAGUCCAGUCUAGCAUUUAAAGUCUAAUCAUCAAUGGAGAAUCUCUGUCGUUUGUGCUCAUCGCAAUCUCCAACAUCCACUUCAGUAUUCAGCAUCAAGAAUGGUCGCUUACUUCUCGAUAUGAUAACAAUAAUUUGUCCUGUAAAAAUUGACAUUUCUGACACUUUACCAAAGACAAUUUGUAGUUUAUGUUUACGGAUUGUGCUGGAUGCUGUGGACCUUCGAGAACGAAGUAUUUUGAGUGAUUUAAGUUUAAGGACACGAUGUCUUGGUGGAAAAUUUGUGGAUGUGUCAAAGACAAUUGAAAACUAUAGAAAUAAUUAUGAUGGAAGUGAAAAACGGCAUCUGGAUGAGUUAAAGUCCCGAAAAAGUCAAGAUCCUUCAAAUUUUUCAAUUCCAACAGAUCCAAUAAAAAUUGAGGAGGAAAAAGUUGAGUCAAAUGUGAUAAAUUUUGUGGAAGAAAGUCAGACGAGUCAUGAAGACUACUCGAGCUAUGAUAAUGACCAGAACUUCAACGAUGAUCAGUCAGAAUUCACAAAUUAUGAACCGCCAUCGAAACUGCUUAAAACUGACGACUCAAGAUGUGAAAAUUGUAAUUGCCAUAAAGCUUCAGUCAUCAAUCACGAGCUGAAUGAGAAAAUUAAACAAUAUUUUCGAAAGCCAUUGCAAAAAGGUGGGAAAUGGAAGUGUCAUAUAUGUCAGAAGGAAUAUGCUGGCCAUUUAAAUAAUAUGAAGGAACAUCUGUCAAUAAUUCAUAAAGACAUCGCACAAAUGCUUGGGUUAACAAUGAAAAUAAGAGCAAGGAACAAAGAUAAGAUGAGCAGUGAUGCAAAGUCAGACAAUUCGGGCGAUGGAAGCUUCUCUGACUUUGUGCUGCAUAACAAUUCUAAUUAGAAUUUUAUAAGAUAUUGGUGGUUGCUGAUUAUUUUAAGGGAAUUGUACUUCGAUAGCUGUUUUUAUUAAAUUUAAAGAAAUAAGUCAGUGCUUCUCAAACUUUGCUCCACGACACAUUUUUUGGUUCAAGAACUUCAGGAUUGUCGUUAAAUUUGAACUAAAUUAGUAGUUAAGUGUGUCGUGUGAUAACAAAUUUGAGCAGGAAUCGUUUGAGCCAUUGGAUAUCCUUAAUGUUCCUCUAAUAAAUAAAACCUUAGAUAAUAAAUUAACUUAAGUAAUAAAAAAUUGUUUUAAAACUUA